AUGGGCCCGCCCAUGUACUGUCCGCUCCUUAACACACCGCCCAGUCAUAACCUGGAGAUGAAGCACCUGCCCGGUGCUGACCCCGAGCUUGUGCUCCUCAGCCACCGAUACGAGGAGCUGGAGAGAAUCCCCCUGAGCGACAUGACCCGGGAGGAGAUCAACCAGCUGGUGCAGGAGCUGGGCUUCUACCGCAAGGAGACGCCUGAUGCCCCCGUGCCUGAAGAGUUCCAGUUUGCCCCUGCCAGGCCUCUGCCCACCCUGCUGCCCCAUCAAGCUCCCGCUGCUGAUGGCAAGACCCCACCUGAACGUGAUGAGGGAGAACACCCAGACCUCUAGCGAGGGGUGCUGCGCUCAGGAGAGGGUCCGGCAGCCAGUCCCCAGCGCAUGGGGACGAGGGUGUUACAGCAGGUGGGAACAGCACCGCGGGGUGGCAAAGGUGCCCCUGCUGUUGUUUGGUGCUGUGUAGCCUCUGCCCCGAGGAUGCCCUGAGCAGCUCCAGCCUUGAGCAGGGGCUUCCUGGGCAUUGCGGACAUCCCGGGGGUCCCGUGUGCCUGUUGUUGCCCUCCCUUCCCUGCAGCCCGGCAUCCCCGGACAGUUGGGAGGAGCGGCAUUCUUUGUGCUCCCUCACCGUGCCCUGAGAUUUAGCUGACUCCCCGCGCUGGGCAGUGGUAUCCUACCUGUGUGGGACAGGAUGAAACCCUCAGCAGAAAGCCCCAGGUGCUGAGGGUAGAUGUGCUGAGUCCCAGAGGUGGGAGAGCUGCCCCCGGGAAGGGUAUGGCUUUACACCCCAGCAGGGUUGCCUCGUAUCGAGCCCCCAGUAAAGCCCUUGCAUAC